UCCCCUUUGAUCUGGUCACAUUUUCUUUAGUGGCUUUAGGGAGAGAGAUUGCACAAGGCCGCCAUGGAUGUCACCAAGGCCGAGACAGAAAGUCGAGCGUGCAUUACUUUUGGGCAGUUCGAAGUCCCUACUUUUUAUCUCCACUCUACCGUUGGGGUCGGCCCCAACGCCCACCAGAUCGAGCUCUGACAAAGUGGGAAGCGGAACAGGAAGCGAAAGAGAAACGGAGAUGGCGAUGGAGGCGGCGGUGGAGGUGGUGGUGGGGCUGGGGGAGGCGGCGGCGGCGACGUUCCGGCUGGAGAAGGCGGUGUGCAGCCACGGGCUGUUCAUGAUGUCCCCCAACCGCUGGGACCCCUCUCCCUCUCCCUCUCCCGCCCCCUCCGCCUGCCCUCCGACGACGACGCCGACGACGCCGCCCCGUCCCCGUCGCCGUCCGCAUCUCCCACCCCUCCCCGCUCCGCCUCCCUCCGCCUCCUCGUCCGCGGCGUCUCCGCCCUCUCCCCUCCCAGCACCGCUCCCUCCUGAGGCAGGUGAGGCGGAUGCUGCGGCUGUCGGAGGAGGACGAGCGGAACGCGAGGGAGUUCGAGAGGGUGUGCGGCGCGGUGGGGGAAGACGUCCCGGAUUGCGUGAGGGAGUUCGGGGGGAGGGUCUUCAGGUCCCCCAUGCUGUUCGAGGACAUGGUCAAGUGCAUCCUCCUCUGCAACUGCCAGUGGUCGAGGACUUUGAGCAUGGCUCAAGCACUUUGCGAGCUGCAGCUUGAGCUGCAGCGUAACUCAUCUUGCAUGGAAGAUAAGGAUGGUAUUCGCAACAUCAACAAAGGCGUGGCUUCACAUCUGGCUCCGACAACACCUGCUCCAAAGGAGGCGAAGAGAAAACGGGGAGGAUGCAAGACUCGAACUAAUUUAAUGACCAAGUUUACAGAUGUUACGCCUGAAGCAGAAGUAGCUACAAGCACAAGGAUGGAGACCGUCACACUAGGUAUUGGCAUCCAUGAGAAUGGCCAAUUGACCUCAGGCUUAUCUUCUUCAGAUGGCUGUAGCUUGCAUUGUGACCGCCAAUCUCGUCUGGCUUCUGAUGAAACUUGUGAGACUUCUGAGGAAGCUCGCGAGCGAGGUGCAUGUCAAGAGCCUAUUGUGCAAAUCGCUCAUGAAGAAGAAUGCUGGUGGGAUGUGGUGGGAAACUUUCCUAGCCCGAGAGAACUAGCAAGCCUAGAUGAAGGCUUUCUAGCGAAACGUUGUAAUCUUGGUUAUAGAGCUGGUCGGAUUGUAAAGCUUUCUCAGGGUAUUGUUGAAGGCAGAAUAAACCUGAGUCAACUGGAAGAGAUUUGUGAUACGCAGUGCUUGUCCAGUUAUGCAGAUCUAACAGAGAGGCUGAGGCAAAUAGAUGGUUUCGGUCCUUUUACAUGUGCCAAUGUGCUGAUGUGCAUGGGAUUCUACCAUGCCAUUCCAACUGAUUCUGAAACAAUCAGGCAUUUGAAGCAGGUCCAUGGAAAAAAUUCUACCAUUCAAACUGCUCAAAGUGAUGUGGAGGAUAUCUAUGGACGGUAUGCUCCAUUUCAGUUCCUUGCAUACUGGGCGGAAUUAUGGAACUUUUAUGGGGAAAGAUUUGGGAACUUAAGUGCAAUGCCUUUGUCAAACUACAAGCUGAUUACUGCCACCAAUAUGAAAGAGAAGGGAAGUCGCGGAAAAAAGAGGACGAAGCGAUCCUCAUAAACAUGCGCUCCCUAUCUUUGUUCCAUUAAUGGGACUGAGCGAGCUGUUCUUCAUCUCUAGGAGCGUGACCGGUAGUUCUUCUCAUGCUUCUUAGCUUAGAAUAUGUAUUUAUAUCCUUCAUGUCUAGCAUUUUUAGUCCGACAUGGUCUACUUUUGCUAGCAAAUUCAUGUUCUUAACGUAUCAAGAAAAAUGUCGGGCAUGAUAGCCUGCUGAUCAGUUUCUUCGAAUGUAUGGAGAUUGGACUGUCUUGUCUAGAUGUUGAAAGGUACUGACAGAAUUGACACAUUCUUAGCUUCAAUGAAUUGGCCAUCUCUCUUUGCUUA